GGUCGAGUCUUUAUUAGCUGUACAUGAUUCUAAGCGACAUGAUGUCUCUGGGAUGUGAGAAGACGUCAAAGACUCAUUGGUGAAAGUGGAAAACGACUUCUCAGGUUACCAGAAGUAACUCGCCGGAGAAAAGGCCAACGUGACUCAAGACUUGAAUUUUACAUUUGGAUAUUGGAUUUACCGACAGCGCUAAUACGGAUUUUAAGAUGUGUUCGAGAAAACAGCGAUGUUUUGCAAUUUUGCUUCUGUUUUUACACAUCGGAAGCUCUAACCUUAUGCUCGGAAGAGUGAGCGCCGAAGACUCGGAUUCGGUAAACGGAACAUUAAGAGUUGUUAAUGAUAUUCGGGCUUUAGAGGUCCGGCCCGGCAGAACUAAAAGCGAGGUCAGCGGAUAUGUGUUAAUGGGGAGUAAGCUGGUAUUGAAAGACACGGUAUACAAGGUGACGUAUGGCGCACAAAAUUUGCUCUUUUUCCAAAACGCUUCAUUGAGCAUAACGAACACAACCGGUCCGUGGGAAACAUCGGACAUUUCGGCAAAUAAUGACGAUAACAGGUUGCAUCGACGGGCAACAAAAUCGUCGAAGAAACGACGCAAAAAGAAAAGGAAGCAUCGGCGCUUUAGGAAGCCGAAUACUUGGCGAAAAAGCUUUUUUACCAUGAAUGAGAGAAUGCCAGAUCCGCGGCAGUUUUUGUCGAAAAAACUGGUGGCUUUACCUUCUGUACCGUUCCCUCCCAGAGACUCUAGCGCCCUCUUGUGCCCAGUAUGGCCAGUGGACCCGAGAAUAAUUGUAAAUUGUUCUAAUGGCCGGCGUGUCCGUUCCCGGUGCGCGGUACGGUGUGCUCCUGGGUUCCGAAUGGCUGGUGAACAUCGUAGCAACAGAAGAUGCCGACCCGCAAAGCGAGGCAGACGCGGGAAGUUGGGCCGCCUAUCCCCGCAGGCGCACUGGUCUGGCCGCGAUGAAAAUUAUAAAUGCGUUUCAGCAUGCGAGGUCUUAAUACCGCCACCUAACGGUACAAUAAAGUGCACUCCUUCCAGCGGGAAGGCUUCGACAACACUUACGUCACAGUCGUGUCAACUGGUGUGUGAUCAUGGGUAUGACGUCAUCAACGGUGACGUCAGACAUUGUCAAAGCGACGGGAGUUGGUCGGGAAGAACUGGAUUAUGCAGAGCCAGAAUUUUCCAUGACCGGCGCACACGACAUUCGUUUGUUCGUCAUCAAUUACUUGAUUGUGGUGACGUACACAGCGUCACUACUUAUACACGUCAUUAUGUGACGUAUUUGGUGGCGGGAGAUACGAGCGCAGGGCGUAUUCGUGUCUACAAAUGGGACAACGGCAGUUUCUUAAACGAACCAUGGCAGACAAUAGAACAUCCAGACCCCACAAGUGUCGUAAUAUUAAACCAAAAUGGACAACUCUGGCUUUGGGCCGGCAACCAUGAAGUUAUUUAUUUGUACAGAUCGAACAACGAUGGGCGUUUCGUAUUUUCUCACACUUCGAAAGCGAUUAAUAUGACGUCAGAAUCGGGUAGCGGUCACAGCGAUUUAAACGUCAUCGAUUUGAAAGAAAUGAAUGGACAAAUAUAUCGGUGUAAGGGACAGAACAGACCGGGAAGAUCAAUCGUAGUCGUGCAAAAGCUUGAAGCUAUACCAGGGGGUAAAGAGGUUUACAAGCGAGUUAUGCGACGUAAGAUGAGAGACGGAGAAAAAGUGUUUCAGUGUUCGAUGUUUGUUACUGACAAUCGUAUCGCUACUAUUGUGACGUUGAAUCGAGCCGACGGUCGCGGAAGAAUUGUAAUUGGACGCGCUAACAGGGGGCGCAUGGAGUACAUGGACGUUCUGAAUAAAAGAGACCUCAGAAAAGUAUCAGGGUCGACAAGUUUCGAAAUAUCAGGGGACCAGUACAUUGUUGUCGCUCAGUCAGCCGCACGUGGACGCUGUUUCGUAUAUAAAAGACUCCGGACACAACCGGGCGAUUAAAACCUAUGACGUCAAAAUGUGAUUACCGUUAUUACGUCACGAUGACGUCAUCAAACAUGAGCAUCCUCGUGUUUUGUACAGCGCCCACACGUAAGAAGCCAAACCCUCUACCUCCAAUAACCAGGGACUCCUAAAUUAAACAUGAUUGCCACACUUUUCACCUCACUUGAUUAACUAAAGCCUCGUCAUUGGUGAUAUUUUCCAGUUCAAUUUUGUUGCUUUUUGUUUUUAAAUUAUUUUUGUACAUUUUUGCGUUUUGAAUGAAACAUUUAAAAUAUUUA